GGCACACCAAAACGGGGCAGCUGGCCGCCAUCAAAAUCAUGGACGUUACGGAGGACGAAGAGGAAGAAAUUAAGCUAGAAAUCAAUGUACUCAAAAAGUAUUCCCAUCACCGUAACAUUGCAACCUACUACGGUGCCUUCAUCCAGAAAAGCCCACCAGGAAAAGACGACAAGCUUUGGUUGGUUAUGGAGUACUGUGGUGCUGGUUCAGUCACGGAUCUUGUCAAAUCAACCAAGGGCCAGUCUCUAAAGGAAGAAUGGAUAGCGUACAUCUGCAGGGAAAUUCUUAGGGGGUUGAGUCACUUGCACGCCAACAAGAUCAUCCACAGGGACAUCAAGGGCCAAAAUGUCUUGCUCACGGACAAUGCCGAAGUCAAACUGGUGGACUUUGGAGUGAGUGCUCAGCUGGAUCGCACGAUAGGAAGGCGCAACACCUUCAUCGGGACACCCUACUGGAUGGCCCCCGAGGUGAUUGCCUGCGACGAAAAUCCGGAUGCCACGUACGACAACAGGAGCGACCUGUGGUCGCUUGGUAUUACGGCCCUGGAGAUGGCGGAGUCACAACCACCGCUCUGCGACAUGCAUCCGAUGCGGGCACUGUUCCUGAUCCCCCGCAACCCCCCGCCCCGGCUCAAGUCCCGCAAGUGGGCCAAGAAGUUCCAGAGCUUCAUUGAGACUGUUCUGGUGAAGGACUACCAGCAGCGGCCGUACACGGAGCAAUUGCUCAAGCACCCCUUCAUUCGGGACCAGCCCACGGAGAGACAGGUGCGGAUUCAGCUGAAGGACCACAUGGACCGCUGCCGCAAGCACAAGCGGGCAGGCUCGGGCCCCGCGGUUGGAGUCGGGGGCGGCGGGGUGGCCGUGGGGGGCGCCCCGGGGGGCGUCGGAGGGGCGGACGAAUACCGCUACAGCGGCAGCGACGGGGAGGACGAAGAUGCCAUGGCGGGAGAGGCCGGCUCGGUGGAGCCUGCCCAGCGGGACUCGACCCUGCGGCGCAACUUUCAGCAGCUGCAGGCCCGGGACGGCACCCUCACCUCGGUGCAGCCCCAGCAGCAGGCCCAGCAGCUGCAGGUGCAGCAGAUGCAGCAGCCUCAGCCACCGCCCACCAGCGGCCAGUUCGGGGGCGGAGCGCCACCCGAGCUGCCAGCUAGGCCGCCCCCUGUGCCCCCGCAGAGGGUCAUCGUGGUUCCAGACCCGCCUCCCCCGAGCAAGCCCCUGCCACCGAUUCCAGUGGAGGACGAGCGCAAGCCGGCCACACCCCCCCGCAACCACCAGGGGGCAGCACCCAGGGGAGGCUCCUCCCACUUUCAGCCCCUCCCUCCCCAGGCCCCGCCUCCGAGGGCCGUGCCCCAGCCACACCAGCAGAACCGCAGGCCAGAGGAACUGGAAGUCCUCGCCCAGCAGCUCAACGAGUUGGCGCACAGUGGCGGCGGUAGUCGCAGCUCCAACGGCGGCGUCUCGCGCUCGAGCGUGCCGGCCGGUUCCGCCGCCGGCCAGAGGCUCAACGGGAACCCUGUGCCGGCCUCUUCGGCGGCUGCCGCACAGCACCACCCAACGUCAGGGCAGCAGAUGCACGAUGGAUCGGACUCUGACGACGACGAGGAUGAAGAAGAGGAUGAAGACGACGGACUGGUCCAGAACGACGGGACCCUUCUGGCUUCGGACCCGCCCAGGCCCCUGCCUCCAGACGGAUACAACCAGGACACUCUGAGGCACAUGGCCAGGGACGACCCCCUGUCGUGUCAGGCCCCCAACCGCCCCCUACCCCCCACGCCCGACGAGGAAGAGGCCAAUGGCCGCAACGAUGGCACGCUCGUCGUUCGCAGGAUAUCAAACAGCAGCACGCAGGGCAGCUUCAUCGCCGCGGCCGCAGCCGUGGUUGCGAGCAAGAAUGGCGUUGCGGCGGCGAUUCCACCCAGUCACCUCAUCGCCCACGGCAACAACAACAACAGCAGCAGCAGCGGAAGCAGCGGCAGCAGGCCCGAGAACCAUCCGCGGCGCUCUCACCACCACUCUAGUAGCAGCGGCGGCGGCAACGGCAACCAACCUGCGCUGCAGCAAGGUCGCCACAGGGAGCGCCACACGCGGCUCUCCGACGGCGGCAAGGUGCCCCACCACGGUAGCCGCGGCGCCCGGAAGGAAUCUUCGGCGUCGGAAGGUGCACGGAGGAGCGAGGGUUCGAAGAGGCCCACGGAGCGGAAGCACUCGCAGCAGCUCCCGGAGCGACCGAACCGUUCGCCGGCUGCUGUGGCGGAAUGGCUCAUCAAGCACGCCGCCCCAUCUUCUUCGACAACGACGUCCACGGCGUCUUCGGCCCCUGGCGUCCCGCAGUUGGCGAGCAUCGCUGGAAGUCGGCCGGAAAGGCUGUCGCGCGACGAGGGACGCAGCGGGGCAGUGCCAGCCGUGGUGCUGACACGUGACGGCAGUAGUAAGAGCAACCGCGACCGUGAUGCCGGGGACCGCCUGGGCCGGUCGGACCUCUCCCAGAGUUCGUCGGGCAACCUCUCGGGUGCCCGGUCCAGCGGGGGAGAGCUGCCGGACUUGCUUCCGCGCCACGCUCAACAGUCGAGGCAACAGGACAAGUCUACCUCAGAAGAGUACCGACAGGCUAUUAACAAGACUCCGCCUCAGUUGCAGUUGCAACAGAAGCAGCGAUCAUUCCUGACGUUCGGUUUUAGCGCGGGGGGCGCCAACGGGGGAGGGGCCCCUCCGACCCCGUCCCCCCGGCGGGAGUCGCACGUCAACGUCAACGUGACCCCAACAUCCCACGAGGCGGCCAACAACACCCCCGAGAUCCGCAAGUACAAGAAGCGCUUCUACUCGGAGAUCCUGUGCGCCGCACUCUGGGGUGUGAAUUUGCUAAUCGGCACGGAGAACGGCCUGAUGCUGCUGGACCGUAGCGGCCAGGGCAAGGUGUACCAGCUCAUCUCGAGGCGCCGCUUCCAGCAGAUGGAGGUGCUUGAGGGACAAAACAUCCUGGUCACCAUCUCGGGCAAAAAGCAGCGUGUCCGGGUCUACUACCUCUCCUGGCUCAAGAGCAAGAUCCUGCGCACCGACGCCCAAGUGGAGAAGAGGAAUGGCUGGAUCAAUGUUGGUGAUCUCCAUGGUGCUGUGCAUUUCAAGAUAGUGAAGUAUGAGCGCAUCAAGUUCCUGGUGAUUGCGCUGCGCGAGAGCAUUGAGAUCUACGCCUGGGCGCCUAAACCGUACCACAAGUUCAUGGCGUUCAAGUCCUUCCCCGAGCUCACCCACAAGCCCCUGGUGGUCGACAUGACCAUUGAGGAAGGAAUCCGGCUCAAGGUUGUAUACGGAUCAUCCCAGGGUUUCCACGCGGUGGAUCUAGACUCUGGAGCAGUCUACGACGUCUACAUUCCUUCUCAUAACCAGGGCCAAAUCACCCCUCACACCAUAGUCACUCUUCCAAACUCGAAAGGGGUGCAGCUCCUCCUCUGUUACGACAACGAGGGCGUCUACGUGAGCAUCUACGGACGAGUGAGCAAGAACAUUGUCCUCCAGUGGGGUGAGAUGCCAACUUCAGUUGCUUACGUGGGCACUGGCCAAAUCAUGGGCUGGGGCAACAAGGCCAUCGAAAUCCGCAGCGUGGAGUCUGGCCACCUCGACGGGGUCUUCAUGCACAAGAAGUCACAGAAGCUCAAGUUCCUCUGCGAAAGGAACGACAAGGUGUUCUUCUCGUCUGCCAAGGGAGGCACCUCCUGCCAGAUCUACUUCAUGACUCUGAACAAACCGGGCAUGUCCAACUGGUAGCGGGGAGCACCCCUCAAGGAGCCCUCCCCUUCCUUUCCCCCGGGGAGCGAGGGGAGUUGCAAACACCCUCGCACCCACCCCUUUGCCUCCUUCCCUCUUCUUCGUGAUCGUCGUCGUGGUCGUCUUAGUUCGCUUCCCCGCUUUUGCAACGACGAGACAUUGUGAGUGGCCGUGUCUUCCGCGAAACCCGCAAAUCCGUGGGAUUUAGAGAGACGACGAGGGGGGGGUAAAAUAAUUUGGUUCUCCCGCGAAGACUAUUGUUCGGUCUCCCCCUAGUGCUCGUUCCUGUCCUUUGUUGUCUUUAGUCUUUUGCCUCCAUUUUAUUCCAAAGUCGGGCUUUGCCAGCCCCAAGACUGUUUUGUCUCUGAGGUUCCCCGCUGCCAAUUUAAAAUCUUCACCCCAUUGCAAUUUUUUUUUUUUUUUUCUAUUGAGGUUUUUUUUAUUGAGCUUCAUUGUUGAUUUUAGACGCUCAUUGAACUUUGUUUCGUGGAAAGGCGAGUUUUUAUUUGGUUUUAGUUUUGAUUUUCGACAAUGGACGCGGACAAUUUGUCGUCUGUCUUUUUGGGCGGAGGCUGAUACGAGAAUCAUGUCUCGUUUUUUCUGCUUUUUUUCUAUCUUGCACUUUUGUUUUACAUUUCUUGAAGCUGAUGUUUAUUUGAAGAAUGCAGUUACUAUUCUCGUUUUCCUUUCGGCAGUGCUGAGAGUUUGCCGACUUCUCGUUUUCGUAAAUUACCUUUGCUGGAAUUCGCAUUGGACGCUUCUCCGAUUCAGUUUUCCUGCACUUCGGAUACGAGGGUCAAUUUAGAAACGCUCUUCCAUGCUACUCAAGUCAAAGCGAUGGAGUCCAUCGUAACGCUUCAUUUCCAGAUGACACCAUAGCUGUUGUUUUUUUUAUUUCGUAGCAUGAGUGCAAUAUGCCAGCUCUGCCACAUGCUUUUUGUUCAUUUAUUUACUCCAAACCAAGUCUGCGUGCCUCCCAAAAAACGAGCCAACCACAUAGUACCAUUGCGCGCAUGUUCACGAACACCACCGUUACUAACUUCCGUUAGCUUUUAUUAUUUUUGCCCGUCGCUCCCUUCUCCUUUUUCAAGUAUUUAUUGUGUAUAAAGGACAAAAGCUAGUUCACAUAUGCAUACAUAUAUAUAUAUUAUAUAUUACAUAAAUGUGUAUAUUUUUUGUUUGUCUAGUUUUGACCACCGCAAUACACAAACACCACAGCUCACGUCUCCCAAAGUUGCUUUGCAAAACUCAAAUUUGAUUUUCGGAUAUUCUUUGCAUUUCGUCCCCUCCCCGUCCGUCGGGUUUUUAUCUCUCGUUUUUGUAGUUUGUUACGAGGCACUAGUCUAGAGUCGCCUUUUUUUUUUUUCUUCACUCGUCGUGCACGCCCUGCUGACACGCUAGCACGUUUUUAGUUGAAGCUUAAUUCCAUGAGGAAGAGUUGCAACACGUGUUCCAUGAAGAAGCGAUAAAACGUGGCAGCCGUGCAACCAUCCGUACCAUCAUUUCUACAGCGAUCCCAAGGCUGCCUCUCGGUUGACUUCGAGAGGCUACCAGUGUGUGCUUUCCAGAGUUCCUUUCUUUUUUUUUUUUUUUUUUUUUUUUUUUUUGGCCACCGCAUUUACGUUGCUUGUCCACUUUCAAACUUGGAACUCCUCCCCAAAACAUUGUCGUCGUCUUCGUCUUGCAUCUUGGAAGAAAAGCGAACGUGAAGGACAGAAGCCGUGCUGUGUCGUCUACCGUGAGAAGAAACAGAAGGGAGAACAUUUAAAUGUUUUGUUUCUUAGUUUUUUUUUGUUUUUUUUUUUUUUUAUUUCUUCACCCCAACUUGGGUGUGCAGUGACGCUAUUGUACCAACGCAAGGACUUGCAGAAACCUUUGGACUCCUCCUGCCACGCACUAGCCCGACAUUCUUCUUGCAAGGCUCAGUGUAACGUCUAUUAACAAUAGUGCCAAAGUUUUGUACGUUUUUUUUUCUUGGUUACGUGUGCUGCAUAAUGCAAUGCAAUGCGAAGAGAUUGUUUUUUUGUGUGUGUUUUCGUUGAGUUGUUUUUUGUUUUUUUUUUUGUGAAUGAUGCCUGUUCACCUCCAGUUUGGGCUGCGGUGGACGUGCGUCAUGCGUCGGAAAUAGUCAGAUUGUAUGUGUGUGUGUGGCAGGAUUCGUGUACAUAACUGCAUUUUUUUUUCAUGAAGGCGUUUUUUUGAAGUGUCGUAUGGUUCUCUUUUUUUUUUUCUAUUCGCUUUUCUUCUCUCAACAAUAAUCGGUAGAUUAUUUAUGGCCAGUUGGCAGUGCUGGCCCACGAACCAGUGUGUACAAUGUUAUAACUUCAUAUCUCUACUAUCUAUCCACUACUACGCCCGUGCGGCCGAGAGCCACGGUACUACUGAGUGUUGUGUCCCGAGCUGAGAGAAAUUAUGCAAGGGAGACCCCCUUUUUUUUAACACGACUUCAGGAAGCGGAAGAAAGCAAAAAUGAGUCUGUAACAUACGCAAGCAGUUUUAUAUGUUUCUCGAAUCUAGUGAUUCUCUAUCAAUAAAAUUUUACAGAUUUUUGA